AUGGCGCAGAAUAAUUCAAUAAUGUACGGUGCGAUUGUUUAUUCAUUGUUUGUAGGUGUCGUUUAUUCUGCAUUUGCCGUAUUAGGUCUUCUAUCCAGAUGGUGUGUACUUGAUGCUCAGAGUUCACCACUUGUUUAUAUGUUUUAUAUGUUCUAUUAUAGAGUUGAGAGCUGUGAGCCAAAGUUUCAGUGGAGGAAAUUCAAUAUAAUUAAUUUUGUAGAUGUAAUCAUGCCAAGUGAAACUGAAGCUGUACAUCGAACCUACAUAUUCACAAUAACGUAUUUGGUCCUACACAUUGCAUUAAUUACUUUUGCCUUAUUGGCAAUGUGUGGUGUAAGAUGCACAGUCAAGAGAAAACGCAUUGGAUUUUUCUUCCUCCCAUUAGUUUUUAUUCUCAUUGCCACUGUCAUUUUCGAUAUUUUGGCGACUGUUUAUUAUGUGGUUGACUUUGUAUUCGUCAUGAAAAAUGAUGGACUGAUGAGAAUACUUGAAGUAGUCAACAUGAAGGAGACGAAACCAAAUUUCGAACAAUUGGCAUUUUCAUUACGUUACGUCCCGCCAAUAGCUAUGUUCCUAGUUACAUCAAAAUUAUUCUUUUUCCUAAUCUGUAAUAUUGUCUGGGCAGUGACCAUAGUUCAUACAACAUUCUCAAAGCGAGAGAAAAGUCAUGAAUUAGAGCCAAAGACAAAUGGAGAUGCUGCAACAAUGGCAAAUGACAAUCCUGCAUUUGAGAAUGAUAGUGGUGAAAAAGUGUCAAGAAAUGAGGUGAUGUCAAAUAAAGAAUAUGAUGGACUAUCCGAAAAGAGAUACAAUGACACAGCACGUGAAAAAGACUUUGUAUAUCCACAUCAAUUAUAUGCCACAAGUACCAAGCAGAAGAAGAAGAACGACGACGAAGAAGACGAUGAAGUUUUUGAUGAUGAUUCAAUUGACUUUAAAAUACAACGUCCAGUGUUGACUGCUUCAUACUAUAAUAAUUUACACAAGCUACAACAAUUCCCUAAUGGUACUUAUGACAGUGAUAUUGAGGAUCGAUUAAAUCGAUUCAACAGCAGUAAUGGAAACCUUGAAUAUGAUGAAAUGUCACCGAAUAUUAGUUAUAAGGAAAUGAAAAUCAGACCCACACCUCCACCAAAGCCAAAUAGAUUAGAUUUUCAUACGAGACCCGCAACUUCAUAUUACCUUAAUUCCACUGGUCAUGAAGAUUUAGUUUUAUACAGACCCGAAAGUGGAUUAAGUGAGUCUAAAGUUGAUCGAUUAAGUGGACAUGUGAGAACACCUCAAGAAUUAAGAAGUCAAUUGCCAUGGAGCUAUUUCAGUACGGGUGAUGAAGUGCCAAAACAUGCUCUUGUACAUAUGGAUGAUUCUGAAAUUCCAGGAACUCCAUUACCUGACUAUGACAUGAAUGUGCCGAAACGAAGACAUUAUUAG